CGCUGUCUGUCUCACAUUCAGUUUGGGUUUGACCCGUGGCCAGCCAUGGGCAGCUCUUUCCUCUCUACUCCCAUGGCGACCCCACCCUUGCACUCUCCAGAGGAUCUUCCUUAGGUUUUUCUUAGGCCUCUUUUUCCGAGCACAAAAGCUUUAUUCAUCUUUCUUCUCCUUUCCCCCCUGAAAGCGAAACCCUAAAGUUCAUCAGACACCUCAACAUAACAUAAAGGUUCUCCCGUCUCCUAAUCCCUCCAGCCUUCAACCUCCCUGUGCCCAUCAUCAUAGAGAUCUAUAUAUCCCUAUGAUUUUUCAUUCUCUUCUUUUGAUACCAUCCCUUUUCUCCGACUGAAAGACAACGACAAGAUUUGCUUCCGCUGCAGAUCAGGGAUUCCAAGAUUCUGCGAGGCCUUUAUCAGAAUUCAGAAGUUCCAUUUCAUGCCUUCUCCAUCAUCAACCCCCACGUAAUUCGGUUUCUGUCUCUCUGGUGCCACCGCCUGAUCCUCCCUUCUCUUGCCCCUUGCUGGUUCUACUGUUCACUUUUCAUUUAAUUCCUGCAUAUCUUGAUCAUUAGCUUCACUUGCAAGCUAUGGACUCUGGGAAUAGUGGGAGUAUCUCGUCUAGUGGGGAUGAAGAGUAUGAUUCACGGGGUGACAUAGUUCCGCCCUUUCUCAAUCCUCACCCCCAAUUUGGCUCUUUCUCCGCUGUUUCUCACCACCACCACCACCACCACCAUCAAACUCACCAUCCUCCUAUGUUUGAUCUUUCUCCAAAUUACCUCCAAUCUCUCUCCUCCCAAACCCAGCCCAACUCUAAUCCCGGUCCUUUCCUAAAUUUGGACACUGGUGCUAAUUCUCAAGACCCUCGAUCCGAACCCAACUGCGCUGCUCCUCCAGUUUCAUCACCGUCUGCAGCAGCCACAAAGCAGUCUGUGCUAAGCACAGACCCGUCGCUGCAAUUGCGCUCUAACGCUCGAGUGUCGGCACCGCCAGCCAAUGCAGUACGGAACCCUAAGAAGCGAACCAGAGCAUCGAGACGAGCACCCACCACCGUUCUCACCACCGACACCUCCAAUUUCAGAGCCAUGGUUCAAGAGUUCACCGGUAUCCCUGCGCCUCCCUUUUCAGGCACCUCCUACUCUCGUCGCCUCGAUCUCCUCUCGGCUUCCUCCUCCUUGCGCUCCUCCACUGCUGCUUCAUCUCCCUUGGAUACCACCACCACCACCUCCACCGCUCCCUUUUACCCUCUGCGUCCUUCUCCUGCACCCCAUCCUAACCCAAAUCCUUUGCUUUUGUCUUCCACUUCAUCAUCGAGUUCUCCUUCUUCAAUGUUGAUGUUACACAAUCAUGUGGCUGAUGCUAUAGCUUCCACUUCCACUGCUAACAACCCCUCACCCUCCAUUAACUACCAAACUGAUGCGGGUGUACCCUACAGCCAUCCGCAAAACAUGCUAACCAUGCAGAUUCUUCCAUUCCAAGUGCCCGCUCUUCACCCAUUGAACAGUCCCGCUCUUCCUGCUGGAUUCAGUGCCAAGGCUCCACCGAGCUCAUCCAUACCUUCCCUCGAGGACCAGUUGGGCAUGAGUCAUGCUCAUUUUAUGAGUGCUCAUCCCCGUGUCAGUAGUUCAGAGGCCGAGGAUAUGCCACUGAGCGGCAGCGGCGACCACGAUAUUGGAGUGCAUGCAGCCAAAGAUCAGCCGAGGUUCUUCCAUGUCACCGCUCCUUGUAAACUCAAUUUCGCUGGCACUUCUCCGUCGACGGCCUUCAACCCUGACAAGAACUUGGAAAAUAACUCCGCCAGAGGGGAAGGCAACAUUGAUUCCUGGAUUUGUUCGUCCGAUUAGCAAGAAUCAUGCGAUCACUAACGAGUCGUGAUCAACAGUGCAGAAGUGAAUCAUUACAGCGUAGAAUUGGUUGCGGCAAUGAAUUCACAUCAUCAGCAUCAUCAUCAUGUCGAUAUAUCGUAGUGCAGAGGUAAGUAUAGAACGGCGUGGAGGGCAAAGUAUACAUAGUCGGUUGCUGAAUGGAAUCUGCGGCAGCUAAAGAAUGCCAGAUACAGGAGGACUGUAGCUGGUACGGAUGCAGGUGUGGCGGGAUAUAUGAGAGUGGGGAAAGGGCUGAGCCAGGAGGCGGACCUCUGUAAGACAAAAUGAAUAAUUGAGAUGGUGGAAGUGAAGAGUAAAUAAAUAAAUAAAGAGGAGGGAGAUUAAAGUAGACACAUGGGGGGUUGCAAGUUGCAGCCAAAUGGUGCGGGUCGGAGGCCACCCCUUGUCUGUUGGGUACUUGGCUUGGGUUCAAUUCUGUGUCCAAGCCUCCUUGAUAUCCUUAGUCUGGCUGGUUAAGUGUUCAUCGGAUUCAGAUCACACACCUAAGGCCUACCUAGAUAUUCGGCUGCAUCGUCUACCUCGGUCUAUAAUCUAUAUGCUAUUGCCUCACGCUGCCGGUGGUGGCUUGUAGGGGUUUGGUAAGCGGAACGCAAGCCGCCUUUGUAUUUCGAAAAGGCAAAGAAUAUCAAAGGAAUGGAAAUCUAUUUGUUCUGCCUUACUAUCACUUCCAUCAUUUCGUUUUGUCUUGCUUUUCCACGGCGAAUGGCAUUUUCUUGUGGAGCAAUUGGCGGCAACACUAGUGGCUUCUUUUACCUACCAUCCUCUACCUAUCUAUCCUUGUUUCUCAACUAUGUCACCCGUUUGCAUUUAUAUU